AUGGCAUCAAACAGCACCAAAGAAGCCGCAAAAUUACGAGAAUUGAGUCCUAUUGUCGAAGGUCCUCCUCCAGCCUUGCCCAAGGGAACAAUUGACCCCAUCUAUGCAGCAAAAGCAAACGCGCUCAAUGCGGCCGUUCAAGUUAUUGGGAUGGGAUGGUAUCAAUGGCAGCUUUUUGUCGUCGUCGGCUUCGGAUGGGCAAGCGACAAUCUCUGGCCCAUUGUGACUUCUUUAAUCCUGCCCCCAGUUAGCGAAGAAUUCGAUCUAGACAGACCGCCGCUCUUGUCUCUGGCACAGAACAUUGGAUUAUUGGUUGGGGCAAUGUUUUGGGGCUUUGGAUGCGACAUUUUCGGACGUCGAUGGGCUUUCAACCUCACCAUUGGGAUCACGUCUGUCUUUGGCCUUGUCGCUGCUGGCUCGCCGAAUUUUGUUGCUCUUGGUUGCUUCGUAGCGUUCUGGAGUUUCGGCGUGGGUGGGAACCUUCCGGUCGAUUCCGCCAUCUUUCUUGAAUUCCUUCCGGGCUCGCACCAGUAUCUACUCACCAUAUUAUCCGUGUUCUGGGCGCUUGCUCAACUGCUGGCAACCCUGAUCGCUUGGCCUCUUCUUGGUAACCUAACAUGUCAGGAAACCUCCACGACUUGCACCAGAUCAGAGAACAUGGGAUGGAGAUACUUCCUUAUUUGCAUGGGAGCAAUCGCCAUGGUCAUGUUCUUCCUUCGCUUCGUUUGCUUCACCUUAUUCGAAUCUCCCAAGUAUCUGAUGGGUCGCGGAAGAGAUGAGCAAGCAAUCAGUGUCGUGCAGGAGGUUGCCAAACGGAACAAGAAGUCAUCGUCAAUGACCCUAAUGGAUCUCCAAGUCUUCAACCAAGAAGGUCAGCAAGGCACCAACGCUUCCGCAGUGCUUGCCCGGAAACUCGAGAAGCUUAAUCUCACCCACGUGCGUGCACUCUUCGCCACAAAGAAACUAGCAUACUCCACAACUCUGAUUAUGCUUGUAUGGGCUUUUAUCGGCCUCGGAUAUCCCCUAUACAACGCCUUUCUCCCCUACAUUCAGUCGACGCGAGGCGCCUCUUUCGGCGACAGCUCUACCUACAUCACCUAUCGCAACCAGCUUAUCAUAGCCGUGCUCGGCGUGCCCGGCGCCCUGAUCGGCGGUGCCCUCGUCGAGAUCCCUCGUUUCGGUCGCAAAGGAGCGCUGUCUAUUUCCACCGUCCUCACCGGCGUUUUCCUCUUUGCAUCCACAACAGCUCUCACUUCUAAUUCUCUACUUGGAUGGAACUGCGCUUUCAACUUCACUUCGAACGUCAUGUACGCUGUUCUAUACGCCUACACGCCGGAAAUCUUCCCUACCAAGGACCGAGGCACAGGCAAUGCCCUCACCGCUAUGUCGAAUCGCGUGUUUGGUAUCAUGGCCCCGAUUGUGGCUAUCUAUGCAAAUCUCGAGACGGCGGCUCCGGUGUAUGUUAGCGGUGCGCUAUUUAUCACCGCAGGCGUAUUAGUUACGAUACUACCAUAUGAGCCGAGGGGAAAGGCUAGCUUGUAG